CGAUGUGACAUGUACUUGGAAUAAAACACCAUAUCAAUAUAAUCAAAACAAUAAGAAUCAAGAAGGUCCCAAAGAAAAAAGAAAAAAAAAAUCAAGGUUUGUUCUAUAUUCCUAAAAUGGGAUUGAAAGAGCAACAUAAUUGUAUAAGUCAGAGGAAGAUCAUUGUUUUUAUAGUCUUAGGAUUUCUACCAAUAGCUCUGUUCCGGCUCUGUUUUAAUAACUCAUUCUCAGCCAUUGAUGACACCUCUCUCCAAGACUCUUCAUCACACGUUGUGAUCACAAGCUACUCUUCUUCUUCUUCCUCUCAAGAAGAAGAAACUGAAGAGAGUUUUGAUCGUAUAAAGGAAGAUGCUUUAUGCGAUUAUACGAAAGGAAAAUGGGUCAGAGACGAGAUUGGUCCACUCUACAACGGCUCGAGCUGUGGAACAAUCAAAGAUGGCCAAAAUUGCUUCCGCCAUGGAAGACCUGACUCUGGUUAUCUUUACUGGAAAUGGAAACCGAACCAAUGCGAUAUACCAAGAUUCGAUGCGAACCGGUUUCUUGAUCUUAUGAGAGACAAGCAUCUAGCUUUUAUUGGCGACUCUAUGGCUAGGAACCAGCUAGAGUCUCUUAUCUGUUUGCUCUCGACAGUCUCUAGCCCCGAUCUAGUUUACAGAAACGGAGAAGACAAUAAAUUCAGAAAAUGGCGUUUCGAAUCUCACAACGUCACGGUCUCGGUUUACUGGUCCCCGUUUCUUGUGGCUGGUAUGGAGAAAUCCGGAAAGUUGGACCACAACGUAUUGCACCUAGACCGGGUGGACGAGAAAUGGGGCAACGAUUUAGAUAGCUUCGAUACGGUCGUGGUCUCCGUGGGACAUUGGUUUCUGCAUCCGGCGGUUUAUUUCGAGUCCGGUUCGGUUUUGGGAUGUCAUUCUUGCGAAGCAAGUAACUGUACCGAGAUAGGGUUUUUCGAUGUGUUUAGGAAAGCAAUAAGAACGACGCUAAAGGCGGCGGUGGCCAGAAACCGCCGUGAGGUGAUCUUGACGACGUUUUCGCCGUCACAUUUUGAAGGCCGGCCUUGGGACAGUUUAGGCGCGUGUAACAUGACGGAGCCGUACGAAGAAGGGAAGGUUCUAGAAGGUUUGGACUUGGAGAUGCGGCGGAUAGAGAUGGAGGAAGUCACGGCGGCGAAAGCAGCGGAGGUGAGGUUAGAAGCGUUAGACGUGACGGCGAUUUCGGUGCUUAGACCAGACGGACAUCCUGGUCCGUACAUGUACGAGUUCCCGUUCAAGAACGGUGUGCCGGAGAGAGUUCAUAAUGAUUGUUUGCAUUGGUGUUUGCCUGGUCCGGUCGACACGUGGAACGAGAUUAUGAUCGAGAUGUUGCGGCGAUGGAGGGUUUAAAUGAUGGAUGAUGAUUGUGGAAGUGAUCCUAUGAUAUCAUUAUACAUGCAUAUGGCAAGAGGCGUAUAAUCAUUUUUUUUUUCUUCUUCUUUGAAACGUAGGUACAUUCUUCAUUUUCUCGGUUUAGAUACGAAAAGUGGGUGAUACUUUUUUGUCGUUAUUUUCGGUUUUUUAUUCGAUGUAGGAGUAUAAAACAUAUAUGGUUGGAUUUUAGUUUGAUCAAUAAAUAUUCACAUCUUUUUCUUUUGUUUUUUUUUUUACCGGAGGAUCGCCGAAGCCUAAAUGAAGUUGUUAAAUGUAACUUAUUUAUUGUAAAUUUAUAAACACACUGGAUGAGUGAUAUAUGG